GGCGUCGCUGCUUCCAUAUGCAGAGGCCCCAGGCUGUCCCUCAAAUCCAACGGCCCACAUUUGUUGUCUUCCUUCUUAUAACCCCUCCCCCUUCUCCACAUUCAAAGAGUCCCCCCUCCUCCACACCUGCCUGCUUCAAAUCAAAGUCCCCAUCUUUGGUUUGGCCUCUCUCUCCUCUCUCAGCCCCUCCUCCUCGUCCCUUCCCGACAGGUAGAAGAAAAUGGCAGACUCAGAGGAUAUUCAGCCACUCGUUUGCGACAAUGGAACUGGGAUGGUCAAGGCUGGAUUUGCUGGAGAUGAUGCUCCGCGUGCCGUGUUCCCCAGCAUUGUGGGACGCCCCCGUCACACCGGUGUGAUGGUGGGAAUGGGACAGAAGGACGCGUAUGUUGGUGACGAGGCCCAGUCAAAGAGAGGUAUCCUGACCCUGAAGUACCCGAUCGAGCAUGGGAUUGUGAGCAACUGGGAUGACAUGGAGAAGAUCUGGCAUCACACCUUCUACAAUGAGCUCCGUGUCGCCCCAGAGGAGCACCCUGUCCUCCUCACGGAGGCUCCUCUCAACCCAAAGGCCAAUCGUGAGAAGAUGACCCAGAUCAUGUUUGAGACCUUCAACACUCCUGCUAUGUACGUCGCCAUCCAGGCCGUGCUUUCCCUGUAUGCCAGUGGUCGUACAACAGGUAUCGUGUUGGAUUCUGGGGAUGGUGUGAGCCACACAGUGCCCAUCUAUGAGGGGUACGCUCUCCCCCAUGCAAUCCUCAGGCUUGACCUCGCAGGACGGGACCUCACUGAUCACCUGAUGAAGAUCCUGACAGAGAGGGGCUACUCCUUCACAACCACAGCUGAGCGGGAAAUUGUUAGGGACAUGAAGGAAAAGCUUUCCUACAUUGCCCUCGACUACGAGCAGGAGCUCGAGACCGGCAAGUCCAGCUCCUCAGUGGAGAAGACCUAUGAGUUGCCUGAUGGGCAGGUGAUCACCAUCGGAGCAGAGAGGUUCCGCUGCCCUGAGGUCCUCUUCCAGCCCUCAAUGAUCGGGAUGGAAGCUGCGGGUAUCCACGAGACCACCUACAACUCCAUCAUGAAGUGUGACGUGGAUAUCAGGAAGGAUCUCUAUGGAAACAUUGUGCUCAGUGGUGGGUCCACUAUGUUCCCGGGCAUUGCUGAUAGGAUGAGCAAGGAGAUUUCUGCCCUGGCACCGAGCAGCAUGAAGAUCAAGGUGGUCGCCCCACCUGAGAGGAAAUACAGUGUCUGGAUCGGUGGAUCUAUCUUGGCUUCUCUCAGCACCUUCCAACAGAUGUGGAUUGCGAAGGCAGAGUACGAUGAGUCGGGACCAUCAAUAGUGCACAGAAAAUGCUUCUAAGCAAAAAAGAAUCUGGCGAUGCUGAGAAUAGGGGGGAUUCCGGCUGGGGAAGAAAGAGGAAGAAGCACUUGUCACUGUCAAAGAAGCUGCAACCUUUGCAGAUUCUUUCUUUUCUAGCUUCUUUUUUUUUUUUUGUUUUCUUUAUGAUGCUUCUUUUGCUUAUAUUAUUUCUCUCUCAUGUUGGAGUGAUGAUGUCGAUUAUAUAUAAUUGACUUUUCAGAUGGGAUGAGGAUUUGAUUUGCUGCCAUAAAAUGGUCCAAAUUCUUUGAUUGCUAAA